CCGCGCCGGCUAUAAUUUCUUAGGACGCACCCGCGGCUCAGGGAGCGUCGCAUGGCGAUGGCGCUCAGUCUGGAGAACUACAUCGACUCUCUAGAUCCCACCACUCUCCCGAGGGUUCUGCAGAUUCUGUGUGGAAUUUACUCCGAAGGUUCGGUAUAUGAAAUACAAGGACAAGUGUGUUGCUUGUCUACAGGAGAAAUCAUUAAGAUCGUUGGAUUCAAAGUAGUAAAAGUUAAAGUGAAGAGUUGUGAAUUCAUUGAAGGGAACAUCUCCCCGUUCGCAGUGGAGUUGCCAUUGGAUUAUCCAGGUUUCUUCAAGCUUCAUGUUGAUCCAUGUCCAUAUACUAGUUUGAAGGAUAUCGUAAGAUCAGUAAAAAUUGGGGACAACCGCUUGGGUCAUCCUCAUUUCUGGAGCACCGUGGACAUUCAGCUGAAUGACAUUCUCAUUAAAAAAGGUGAACAUAUAGUGCUAAACUCUCUGGCAGAAGUGGACGGCGAAGAGUGUGUCAACUGCACAGUUAUCAAAGGUGCCAAAGCCAAAACGUUAAGAAUUCCACUGUCAUUCGAAGGGACAUUCCAUGAAUGUGAAGAUGACCAGUUUUAUACUCUGAAGGAGAUUGUAGAAUGGAAGAUCUCCAAGCACAGAAGGCGAGUUGUGAAGCUCAUGAAAACAACGGCCACCUGGGAAGAGAGCCCUUACAAUGAGUAUUUACACGGUGAUGUGUACCUUCUGCCUGUCUAUGAAGUACAAGCAAUGGCGAGAUUUGGAAUGGAUAUUUUACGCAUACCAUCUAACUUGGACGUAGAGGUUAAAGAUAUAACAGAAAGUUAUGACCUUAACUCAUUUGUACAACCAAUGUCCUUAACUGAUGUUUAUAAAAGACCAAAUGAAGACUUCCCACUGUUGGCAGUAAUCGUUGACGAACAGUGUACUUACAAAUCACUGAUGACUGGAAAGCAAAUUAUCAUUCACAGUAAACACUUAUUCAACACAAUAAUUGCCUCUGAGAACAGAAGCGAUUUAAAUAAAAAGCAUUUUUUAAUCCCCAAAAGCUACAAGGGUCGAUUUAAAAGAAGGCCAAGGGAGUUCCCAACUGUCUAUGACUUGGUGCUUGCCAUUAAAAACAAUGAAUCCUUGCACGUCAUUGCAACAAAAGAGUUUGUCCCUGAGUAUGCAGAAUUUGCCUCUGUUGUUGUAGGAGACCAGUUUCUUGUCCAUCGUUGCCAGAGUGUUGAAGUCAACCAUGAAGGAGAGAAGUGUCUAAUUGAAGCUGUGGCUUGUGAAAGAAUUUUGGAAAAAGACUGUGAACAAGUCCUUCUUCCAACAUAUAUGGGAGGGGGCUUUGUUGAAGUUGUCCACGAUAAAAAGCAGUAUGAUAUUUUGGAAAUUUGUAAACAAUUUAGCCUUCCAUUUAAUGUUAAAGUAUCCAUUAGAGAUCUAUCAAUCAAUGACAAUUUAGCUGCCUUGGCCUCAUUACGAAUUGAAGAAGAAAUUGCCGAUCCUUGUCUUCUGAUUAGUUUGUCGGAUAGUCCAUCAGAAUGCUUCAGGGUUCCAGUUCAAAGAGUGAGCAUGACCGUUCAGGUCAUGCGAGGACUAGAUGCAGACAUACCAUUUCUGACGCCAACAUUCGCUGUAGAGGAGAUCAGUGAGGAGAUGUACUACAUGCUGCGGAGAUAUGAAAACUCCACUUUGCUUCCUCCACCCCGCCCUCCAAGAAAACCUCAGUCACCUCUCACAUCGACAAAAACAAUGAGGCUGCUUCCACCUGAGUCGAAGAAACCAGACCCUCCCAAAUCUCCAAAGUGUUCAACAACUGGAAAACCAAGAAACAAAGCUAAAUCUCAGAGAUUUGUCCCUGAUGUCACUGCAAAAUCAGAGAAUAUUGCUCCUACCUUAAUUACAGAACCUGGUGCACCAGCAACAGAUACAAUGCUACUGAAUGAUCUUGAAAACUUGGAUUUGUCUGACAAACAUGACUAUGAAUAUAUUAAUGAAAAUGAAAUUGAAGAUAUAAGGAAGCAGUUAAAUGAAAAUGAACACCUAAGCAAGAAAAACUGCAAGAGUGAAAAAGAAAACCAGUAAGAAGAACGAACGUGCGACGCAUUUGAGGGAACACAAGCAGGCAUCUGUUCGGGAAUAAGACUUCUUCUGAGUCAAUCUUCACAACAUUUUCUUUCUUUGGACUUCAUUUCUCAAUGUGAUUAAAAUUCCAUUAAGUUAGGACCAUUGAAGUGUUGUGGAGCAAAUUUUUUAACAUAUGAAGAGAAGAUUAUUGUUCCUGUUCAGCCUGAAAAUCUGAAGGUGUCAAAUCAUUCUUCAAUAGAUAGGAACAGAUAGAUUAAUUUUGGUUGUGUAACUUUUAAAAAUCUUGUUUGUAUAUUUUUAUUAUCUUGAUAAACUGCAAAUAAUUGAAAUUCAUCCAAAUGUGUGGAGGAUUUUACUAAGAAAGAAUGGUUGUUUUAGUUGUUAUACGUAAGCAUUAAUUUAUUUGUUUCUCUUUUGCAAUAUUGAGCUAUUUAUUUUCUAUUUUCAUAAACAUAUAUGUGAUCUUCAAGAACUUCCUGAGAUACUGAAUUUCUAUUUCUGAAUAAAUCUAUAUAUUACCAAUGUUUGCAAAUACAUGAAUUGUAUUGCAAUUUUUGUAAAUGCAACUAAAAUUAAACCAUUUUGUCAACA